AUGUCGUCGAAUUUUCUAACACAAGCGCUCACCACCGAGGUACUCUUCAGAAAUGCCAAUGGGAUACAGCUAACGCUGGAAGAGAAAGCGAGUCUGUCGAAUGCGAAUAUCAUAAACUUUGCGUUGCGAAGCGGAAAGCACAUCAAUGUCAAUUUAUGGUUAACGUUAGCCUGCGCAAUUCUCCUCGUGUGGAUCGUAUCGGGAACUUUAGUCUCCCUCGUUGUCUCGGCGUGUAUCCUGAUAGUGCAAUGUAAAUCGUUCGUCGCUUCUAUUAAACAAGACACGUUGCUGGUUGUAGAGUCGGUGGGUGUGCAUAUCGAGAGCAUAAGAGGAUUUGGCAUUUUCAGAUCGACAGAAUUCCUGCCAUGGGACACGGUAGAAGAUAUAUUCAUCAAUGAAGUCAUAAAAGGAGUAAGUCUUGUGCUUGUUUUAUGCGCAUUUGUGCCACAGUAG